AUAUCAAAGAACUUUUGCUGUUCCAUGAUGCAUUUAAAAUGUACAUAAAGUAUUAUCUUUGGUAAUUUUGCUUUAUCAAGUGAUUUACAUAUGAGCCUAGUUAACUUGCAACAGUUGUGCUACUGACUUUCAUCAGUCUUAAUAGUUCUUCCUUGAUAUAUAGUGCUAGUUUGCCAUCAUUCUGAAAACGGGAAGCACUUCUACCAAAGGUUUGCUAUUGUCAUUUACUUUUAUAAGAAAAUAACAAUGACAAGAACAAAUGAAUAAGGAAGACUUUGCUUUACUUUGAUAUUGAAUGUGCUUUGUAAUAUUAUUGAAAGUAUACCUUGCACUUUAAUUUUUUCUGGACUACUCUGGUUUCCCUGCGAUUUUUUUUUUUUUUUGUCACUCUUCAAUGGUCAUUCCUCUCUAUUGUUGAGUUUGGUUAAGUAAACUAUUUUGACAUCUGAAAAAUUAUAACUCAUUUAAGUGGUGACUUUUGAUGGAAAAACUAAAAGGGAGUUGCUGACUUCAACUGAGAUGACAGGAUCAACGAGUGAUCAUCCACCAGUUCAAGGUCCUGAAAGUACCCAAGAAAUGGUUGGCAGGCAGCAGGAUUCCAAGAAGAACAAGGUGAAGGAUGAAAGCAAUAGAACAGUACCCUUUUACAAACUUUUCUCUUUUGCAGACUCUUGGGAUUAUCUUCUGAUGCUUGUUGGGACAAUAAGUGCUGUUGGUAAUGGAAUCUCUAUGCCUUUAAUGACUAUACUUAUUGGAGAUGCGGUGGAUGCCUUUGGAGGAAAUGUUGAUAACAAACAAGUAGUAGUUCAUGAAGUUUCCAAGGCGUCUCUGAAGUUUGCGUCCAUUGGUGCAGGUGCCUUUCUUGCAGCAUUCUUGCAGGUGUCUUGCUGGGUGAUCACUGGGGAGAGACAAGCUGCAAGAAUAAGAGGCUUAUACCUCAAAGCAAUUCUGAGGCAAGAUAUCAGCUUCUUUGACAAUGAAACAAACAGUGGAGAGGUUGUUGGAAGGAUGUCAGGUGACACAGUUCUUAUUCAAGAAGCCAUGGGAGAGAAGGUAGGAAAAUUCAUACAGCUUGUGGCAUGUUUUUUGGGAGGUAUAGUCAUAGCAUUCAUCAAGGGCUGGCUUCUAACCCUUGUCCUUCUAUCUUCUCUUCCGCUUCUUGUCCUCUCUGGCUCCAUAAUGAGCUUUUCUUUUGCAAAGAUGGCAUCCCAAGGACAAGCAGCUUAUUCUGAAGCAGCAACUGUAGUGGAGCAGACAAUUGGUUCAAUACGAACUGUUGCAUCAUUUACAGGUGAGAAGCAAGCUAUCGCUCAAUACAAUCAAUACUUAACCAAAGCUUACAGAAUUGGAGUGAAGGAGGGAGUGGUUAGUGGUCUUGGCUUCGGUUCAGUUAGAUUUUUUACAUACUGCACUUAUGGUUUGACAAUAUGGUUUGGAGGGAAGAUGGUAUUAGAUAAAGGUUAUACAGGAGGACAAGUCAUUAGUGUAUUAUUUGCAGUAUUGACUAGUUCCACGCGUCUGGGGCUGGCAACUCCAAGCUUAACAGCAUUUGCUGCAGGACAAGCUGCUGCCUUUAAAAUGUUUGAAACAAUAACAAGGCAGCCAGACAUUGAUUCUUAUGACACUGCUGGUCGACAAGUAGAUGAUAUAUCCGGAGAUAUAGAACUUAGGAAUGUUUGCUUUAGUUAUCCUUCAAGACCUGAUGAACUGAUAUUCAAUGGAUUUUCAAUUUCAAUAUCAAGGGGCACUACUGCAGCUUUGGUGGGGCAAAGUGGGAGUGGAAAAUCAACAGUUAUCAGUUUAAUUGAGAGAUUUUAUGAUCCACAAGCUGGUGAAGUUCUCAUUGACGGUAUCAACCUCAAAGAAUUUCAAUUGAAAUGGAUCAGACAGAAAAUAGGCCUUGUCAGCCAGGAACCAAUUCUCUUUAAUUGUAGCAUUCAAGAGAAUAUUGCCUAUGGUAAGGACGGGGCAACAGAUGAAGAAAUCAGAGCUGCUGCUGAACUCGCUAAUGCCGCUAAAUUCAUAGAUAAAUUUCCCCAUGGACUUGACACAAUGGUUGGAGAGCAUGGAACUCAGCUCUCUGGAGGUCAAAAACAAAGAAUAUGUAUAGCAAGAGCAAUUCUAAAGGACCCGAGAAUUCUGCUCCUUGACGAAGCUACAAGUGCUCUUGAUGCAGAAUCAGAGAGAGUGGUGCAAGAGACACUAGACAAAAUUAUGAUAAACAGAACAACUGUCAUUGUAGCUCAUCGCCUAAGCACUAUAAGGAGCGCUGAUAUCAUUGCUGUUAUUCAUCAAGGAAAAGUAAUAGAAGAAGGCACACAUGCUGAGCUCAUUAAAGAUCCUUAUGGAGCUUUUAGCCAGCUCAUCAGAUUACAAGAAAUCAAAAGGGAGUCAGAAGAGCAUGAUGCAUAUGACUCAAACAGGCCAGAAAAGUUUGAAGAUUCAGAACGAAAAUCAAGCCAACAGUUUUCUCUCCCUCAAUCAUUAAGUAAGGAGUCUUCUGGAAGAGGAAACAGUAGUCAGAACUCUUUCAGAACAUCAAAUGCCACUCCUACCACACUAGAUCUCGCUGAAACAUCAGAAAGAGGGCCUGAAGUUCUUCCUUCAGCAGCCUCACAUAAACCUCAAGAAGUUUCACUUCUCCGCAUUGCUUAUCUUAACAAGCCUGAAAUCCCAGUGUUGCUAAUGGGCACUCUAGCAGCAGCAGCAACUGGGGCAAUAUUACCCACCAUGGGGCUUCUUCUGUCCCACAUGAUAAAUACUUUCUAUGAGCCUGCUGAUGAACUCCGCAAAGACUCAAGGUUUUGGUCAUUAAUAUUUGUUGCGCUUAGUGUGGUUGCAUUCAUAUUUUUUCCAUUAAGGUCCUACCUUUUUGCUGUAGCUGGUUCUAAGUUGAUCAAAAGGAUCCGGCUAAUGUGUUUUGAGAAAAUAAUUCACAUGGAAAUAGGAUGGUUUGAUAUAACUGAGAAUUCAAGUGGAGCACUUGGAGCAAGGCUGUCAACUGAUGCAGCCUCUAUUCGAACUUUGGUUGGGGAUGCUCUUGGAUUGCUGGUUCAAGAUAUUUCUACAGCAAUUACAGCCUUGGUAAUUGCCUUUGAGGCAAAUUGGCAGCUUUCUCUCAUCGUUCUUGUUUUGGUACCUCUAGUAUUACUAAGUGGACAGGUACAAAUGAAGUCCAUGAAAGGAUUCAGCACAAAUGCAAAGAAACUUUAUGAGGAAGCAAGUCAAGUAGCGAAUGAUGCAGUAAGGAAUAUCAGAACAGUUGCCGCUUUCUGUGCAGAAGAGAAGGUGAUGGAGUUGUAUCAGAAGAAAUGUUUAGGACCAAUCCAGACAAGUAUAAGGCAAGGUUUAGUCAGCGGAACAGGUUUUGGGUUAUCACUUUUCUUUCUAUUCUCUGUUUAUGCAUGCAGUUUUUAUGCUGGGGCCAGACUUGUUGAGCAUGACAAAACAUCAAUCUCAGAUGUUUUCCGUGUAUUUUUUGCUCUCACAAUGGCAGCUGUUGCAAUGUCACAAUCUGGCCUCAUGACCCCAGCAGCAAGUAAAGCAAAAAGUUCUGUUGCUUCUGUAUUUGCUAUUCUUGACCAGAAAUCAAGGACAGACCCCAGUGACGAGUCAGGAAUGACAUUGCAAGAAGUGAAGGGAGAGAUUGAGUUCCACCAUGUCAUUUUCAAGUAUCCAACCAGGCCUAAUGUUCUUGUAUUCCAAGCUCUUUCCUUGACCAUUCAUGCAGGAGAGACAGUUGCUCUAGUAGGUGAAAGUGGAAGUGGAAAGUCUACAGUGAUCUCAUUGUUACAAAGAUUUUAUGAGCCAGAUUCAGGUCAGAUUACACUGGAUGGAACAGAAAUCCAAAAGCUAAAACUUAAAUGGUUUAGGCAGCAGAUGGGCCUGGUAAGUCAGGAGCCUGUGUUGUUUAAUGACACCAUCCGAGCCAAUAUUGCAUAUGGAAAAGGUGGGGAUGCAACAGAAGCCGAAAUUAUAGCUGCAGCAGUACUGGCAAAUGCCCACAAGUUUGUCAGCAGUUUGCAGCAGGGUUAUGAUACAUUAGUAGGGGAGAGAGGGAUUCAAUUAUCUGGAGGGCAGAAGCAGCGGGUGGCAAUUGCAAGAGCCAUAGUUAAGAGUCCAAAAAUAUUACUACUAGAUGAAGCCACAAGUGCACUUGAUGCCGAGUCUGAAAGAGUGGUUCAAGAUGCACUUGAUCGAGUGAGGGUGGAUAGAACCACUAUUGUGGUGGCUCACAGGUUAUCCACCAUAAAGGAUGCAGAUUCAAUUGUAGUGGUUAAAAAUGGAGUUAUUGCAGAGAAAGGAAAGCAUGACGCUUUGCUUAACAAAGGGGGUACAUAUGCUUCCUUAGUAGCACUGCACAUUGGUGCUUCUUCAUCAUAGACCCUUUUCGUUCGUUGCACCAAUUAUCUGAUGGUUUCUUAAUUUUUUUCUUAAGCAUUAUACCUGUCAAUGUGUAAUGAAACAUGCUAAAGAGUCUAAACAACUUGAUUACCCAUUUUUAGUGGAUUUCAUGGCUAAA